AUGGAACCCCAAGAACCAAUUCUUCCAUCACCACAUGUUUCAACCACACAUGCUCAAAUGGUUGCACAGUUUGAAGCAGCAAAAGGCCGUCUCCUAGAAAUAAUUAGCAUGAGGGAGAAGACACCCGCAGCUAUCAGUGCUUCCACUGAGUCCAGAGCCAAUGCUCUCCUGGGUCGGUGGGAGGCUGUCCCACCUAUCGUUGACCCUAGUCUUGCCUUUCGAUGGGCAGGUGAGAUUAACGAACGUCUUAUCGAAAUGAAUGAGCGGCUCACAGAUGAAGCGAAAUAUUCAUCUGCUUUUGUCCGUUUAGAGGACCUUAAGAUCAUGGUUUUCCAGCUGCGUUAUAGCGACUACAUGCCUUCAUAUAAGAACGACCUAUACAAUCAAGCGAAAGGUUCUCCUAUUCGAAUCACCCCGACUCAUGCGGGGCCUUUAGGGUCCGGCGAAGCUGAAAAGGAGGCACUCACCUUCUUUGAAAACAAGGAGUGGACAGCCAUUCACGAUCGCCUCGUGAACGAGCACGGCCCGGUGACGACCACGGAGUUCCCCAAGUACCCUUGGGCUUCACAGGCGCCCCUCGUUCGAUUAAUUCAGGUAUUGGCCGCGCGGACAGAAACUGAGCCACUGGAUAUCUAUGAUUCAAUACGCAUAUGUUCAGAGGGGAGGCACUCGUACGCGGUAUAUAACCUUUGGUCCCCAUUCGACAUCAACGGUCAACCAAUCACUAUCCAUUAG